UGGCACAAACGAUGCUUUCCGUUAUUGAGCCCUACAGAAAUGGAGUUUCCUUUGCCGAAUGGUCGGAUCGUUUGGGUUACUUUUUCGUUUUAAAUAAAGUAAAAGAAGAAGAAAAGAAAGCUCAUUUGAUUAUGUUGGGGGGAACCACAGUUUUCAGAGAACUGAAACUCCUAUUCCCAAAUGGGAAGCUGGAAGAAGCUGCUUAUAAUGAAUUAAUUAGCAAAUUAAAAAUGAGACUGGAUAAAACUGAAUCGGGGCUAAUGCAACGAUUCAAGUUUAAUAACAGAGUUCAACAACCUGAUGAAUCGGCUGAAGAUUUCGUUUUAUCGGUCAAGUUACUAGCAGAAUUUUGAGAACUUCAAGCAGACUGCUAUCAUGGAUAGAAUUGUAGCUGGCUUGACAGAAAAAGCUCUUCAACAACGUUUGUUGAACGAGGUGGAGUUAACAUUCGAAGCUGCAGAAAGAAUAAUUAUUACUUGGGAAAUGGCAAGUGCUAAUGCAAAAUCUUUAGAAGGAGAUUCUUAUUAUGAAAGAGUGGCUUUGACACAGAAUGCAGGUGCUGGUAAAGCCAUGAAUAAAUUGUUGAAUACCUUCAAAAUAGCAGAAAACCGUAAACAAACAGAAUUUAGAGGUCCAGUGAGAAACAGAUUGGGUUUCAAAGGAAAUAGUUUCAUAUCAAGUCCAAAUCAUAAUUUCAACUAUGGAAAUAACGAUAAAAAAGUGAGUUUUGAACAUGCUGACGGGAAAAAUAAUCAGCAAUAUCGCAAAAUAGAUUAUUCAAACAUGACAUGCAAUUUCUGUGGGUUAAAAGGACAUAUCAAGAGGAGAUGUUUUAAAUUAAAAAAUUUAAAAAGAGAUGCUGUGAAUUACAUGGACAGACCAGGAACGAGCACGGACAGGAGACUGGAUGACAUGUUCAAACGAAUGAGUACGGAGGAGCCGGUCAGCGAAAAUAGCGAUGAAGAAAUAAAAAUUGAGGGAAAACAUAUAAAAAUGGAGAUAGACUGUGGAUCUUCAGUAACAGUGAUGAGCAAAAGACAAUAUUUCUCAACAUUUAACAAAAAGUUAAUGACUAGCAAUAAGCAAUUAGCUGUAGUAAAUGGUAAUAAAUUAAAAUUAAUUGGAGAAGCGAUUGUUAGAACGGAAUUUAAAGAGAAAAUAGAAAAUCUUUCUCUUCUGAUUAUAGAUUGUGAAAAUGAGUUCCUUCCUUUAUUGGGUCGAAAUUGGCUAGAUGUAUUUUUUAACGGAUGGAGACAAUUUUUUGAUGGAUCUCAAUUGAUAAAUUCUCUGAAUGAACUAAAUAAUGAAGCUAUGGUGAAUGAAUUACGUGUGGAGUUCCCAAAUGUUUUUACUAAAGAUUUUACUACUCCAAUUGUCGGUAUUAACUCUGCCUCAAGAGUUAAUACUCAAAGAAAACAAUCCAAUUUUUAAGAAAGCAUAUGACGUUCCUUAUCGUUUAAAGGACAAAGUUUUAAACUAUUUGACAAGAUUGGAAAAUGAGAAAGUGAUUACUCCAAUCAAAACGAGUCAAUGGGCAUCACCUGUGAUAGUAAUUAUUAAGAAAAAUGAUGAAAUUCGUCUGGUAAUAGAUUGCAAAGUUUCAAUUAAUAAGGUUAUCGUCCCAAAUACUUAUCCCUUACCUGUUGCUCAAGAUUUAUUUGCGAAAUUAGCGGGUUGCAGAGUAUUUUGUUCACUGGAUUUGGAAGGUGCUUACACGCAAUUAUCAUUAUCGGAAAGUUCUAGACAAUUUUACCAUAAAUUACAUAAAUAAUACAGUUAAAGGAUUGUUUAUCUACAAUAGAUUACCACAGGGAGCAUCGUCCAGUGCAGCUAUUUUUCAACAAGUAAUGGAUCAAGCUUUAGAAGGAUUGGGAUGUUUUAGUAUCCGACGGUGGUCCUCCUUUCAAUUCUUUUACUUUUGUGAACUUUUUGGAAAGGCAAGGAGUAAAAGUAUUCAAGAGCCCUCCUUAUAAUCCUUCAAGUAAUGGCCAAGCAGAAAGACUUGUUAGAACAGUGAUAGAAGGCUUGAAGAAGUAUUUAUUAGACCCAGAAGUAUCUGAAAUUGGAUUGGAAGAUCAGAUUAAUUUGUUUUUGUUCAACUAUAGAAUUAGUUGUUUGACGAGUGAUGGUGUUUUUCCAUCAGAAAGAAUAUUCUCAUAUAAGCCAAAAAUAUUAUUAGACUUAUUGAAUCCAAAGAAAUGUUAUAAGAAAUAUCUUAAUUUGACUGAGCCUAGUGAUGUGAAGACACAACCUAAAAGUGUUGGUAUCCAAAAUACAUCAAAUGAUUCAUUGGAUAACCUGAUGGCGGGAGAUAUCGUAUGGUAUCUCAAUAAUAAUCCGCAUAAUAAUCUUAGAUGGAAUAAAGCAAGUUUCAUUAAAAGAAUUUCAAAAAAUAUCUUCCAGGUGACUA